GGGAUGAAAAGUCAUCUCAGACUCCAGUGGACUUACCUGAACUGAGGGCACUGAAGAUUUCUGUUAAGAGUUAUUUCACACAAAAACAUGUAGCCAAGAUGAGGAUGUGGAUUAUUUUCGUCUGCCUGAGUAAUGGAUGGAUGCUGACACCCUCUAAUGCUGGUGUAACCCCGACACCCACGUCUGCACAAGUGGUACCCACUGAAGAUGAGAGCAGCCAACUGGUGGAUUGGUUGAUGAAGUAUGGCUACCUUCCACCCUCAGACCCCUCCACUGGGCAGCUACAGGCCUGGACAGCUGUAACUAAUGCUGUCAGAGCCAUGCAGAGAUUUGCGGGCCUCAGAGACACAGGAGUUGUAGAUGAGGACACGAUAGCGUUGAUGAACAGUCCACGCUGCUCCCUGCCUGACCAGGAGGAACCAUACAAACCACUGUCCAACCAAGAAAGAAGAAGCAUGAGAAGGAGGAGGAAAAGGGCUAUAUCCAUGUGGACACGCAGGAACAUCAACUGGAGGUUGCAUUCAUAUCCAUCCUCAUCCCAUCUGUCCCGGGAAACAAUUCGCUCACUGGUCUUCUAUGCUUUAAGAGUGUGGGCGGAACCAACGCCCCUGGAAUUCCAUGAGGUGAGCAAUACUGAGGCAGCUGACCUGCAGGUGGAUUUCCUCCACGGUUACCACGGCGAUGGCUAUCCCUUUGAUGGGGCAGGCGGUGCAGUUGGCCAUGCUUUCUUCCCAUCAGACCCUGCUCGGGCAGGAGGAGUUCACUUGGAUGCAGAGGAGGAGUGGGCCUUCAGACAGCCAGCCUCUGAGGGUACUGACCUGUUCACAGUACUGGUCCAUGAGUUUGGACAUGCUCUAGGGCUAGCUCACUCAUCAUCCCGUCACUCAGUGAUGAGACCAUACUACCAGGGUCCUGCUGGAGACCCCCUCGACUACCGCCUGGGAGCCCAUGAUCUGGAGCACAUCACCCAGCUAUAUGGUAAAAGGAGCCAGCUGCUGGCUACUGAUGCUGUCCGCCUUGGCCCAGAGCCUCAACUGCACCACAGAGCCCACCACCACCUUCAUCACAGAUAUGGCUCCUUCAUAGAUCGCUGUAACACCAGUUUUGAUGUUGUGGCAAGGAUAAGAGGAGAGAUUUUCUUUUUCAAAGGUCUGACAAUGUGGCGAGUCAAUGGUGCAGGGUUGGUGUCCAGUCGUGGGGCUUCAGUGAGGAGGCUGUGGAGGGGUCUACCUCCUGACUUGACUCAUCUUCAUGCUGUGCUGGAGAGAAAGUCAGAUAAUGCCAUCAUCUUUAUCAGUGGUUCCCGUUUCUGGCUGUUCAGGGACCUGUCCCUACAGGAUGGCUACCCUCAGCCCCUCUCUGCUCUUGGGAUGGCGGUGAGCUUGGCUGUAGCAGAUGUUGAUGAUGAUGAUCACGAGGAGGAGGCAGCAGCAGGGAGGUGGGGCCUGGUCUGGGACCCAGAGGAAGGUCCUGUGUGGGGGAACAUGAGAGACGCAGAGGAAGACAAACAAGAGGACACGUGGACUCAGCUGCUGAGAGAGGGAGUCAGUGGCAUCACCACAGACAGCAAUGGCUCCAUCUAUCUCUUCAAAGGAGACUCCUACUGGAAGUUCAUGUUUCCAGGCUCCUUACCGCAGAACGGAUACCCACGAUCCUCGGCUGCAGACUGGCUGGACUGCCCUGACUCCACCUCAUCCUUACCUGAAGUGGAUGACCUCCUCUUGACUCUGUCUCCAUCUGCAGGAAGACAGGAGCUCAGGGAGAGAUGGAGGGGGGUGAAGGAGGAGGAGGAAGCAGGAGGGAGGAGGAAGGAGCAUGGGAGGGGCAGACAUGGAAAUACAUUUAAAGACAGACAAGACAGUGGUUCACACAUCUGGACACAAUGCACUUGCCAAAAUGGAGCACUGUGUGAGGGGACAACAUCUCUUAUUGCUGCCUUGCUAUUGGGCACAUGGAUACUUUUGGCUGUUUAAAGCUACACAAGUCAAUAAUUCAGCUGCCUUCUCAGGAGGAGAGCAUCCUAUCCACAUACAUUCACCAAGUGCAGUCAUUAUACUAGCCCUUUAAAGACAUAGCUCAACUCCAAGGGUGGGAUGAGAAGACUGAUAAUAAUUAUCAUAUCUGUGUGUUGAGUACAGAGCUGGAGUCAGGGCCUGGCAUAAAGAAAGGAAGCGGAGGGAAACAGCUAACAUGCUAUUUUUUUUUUUAAAGUUAAAUGGGAGUUACAUGAAAAACUGUUUACCCCACAGGUAUAGUUUAGUCACUAUGCAAUCACAAUGGUACAAAACCUGGCAACCUCACUGUGAUAAGAGUCCAAAUGCAGUAAUUCCUCCUGAAACCACCAAUAGUAGUAUUUAUAUUUCAGAGUAAACAAAUGAGAUACAAUGUGGUAAUUAGACAGCUGACUAAAGAGAUAUUAAUGAAUGUGUCCUGACUCCAGCUCUGAACUGUAAGAAAUUCAAGGUAGAUGGUUAAGAAGUUGCUCUGCAGCAUAUAUAUGGAUAUGAAAAUAUGUGCUACUUAAUCUUUGUAAAAUUUUGUCCAGUGGCAGCUUAUAUCACAUAUCUUUAUUCAUUAUGUGCUUGCUUGUUUUAUAUCAGUGAUUUCUUUUUGUCUAACUGUAAAAUGUCAGUCCAUAAUAAAGUAGUAACAUCAA